UAUACUUAAUAUGUAUAUAGAAGACUAUCAUUUCAUAAUCCUUUGUGAAAAAUGAACAGUUUCACUACGCAUUACUUCAUAAAUAUAGGAAAGCAAAUAUGAGUCUUACAACAAGCAAACCCUUGUGGGCAGUGCAGACAAUGACUUCCGGUUUCGUAUCAAUAACAGGAAUUUGGUUGAAAUGUCAACAGAAACUGCUAUUUCGAUUUUUUCCGUUGAAUGAAUAAGGGUUUGUGGCUACAUUUGCAUCACACAGAGUGCUAAAUUACUUAAACCGAGGAAGGAGUAAGUUCAGUAAAGAACGUUACGAUGGAGUCUUGAUGCAAGUGCCCCGGUGGAAGCCUUCAGAAUGACUGUCAAAGCGGAGACGAUGUUUUGCUGAAUAUCUGUUUUUAACUGAACAGAAUCUGCAGAUCUUCAAGAUGAAGAAUAACUAUGAAUCAGUUCGUGUCAUGGACAUGGACACCUCGGGGGGUCUGUACCCGUCCUGCCAGGGGCUUCAUGGGUCAAAACGCAGCAGCUGGAAAUGGAAGCUGCAACUUAUCAACCUAUGUGGAAUUAUCUACUUUUUCUUUUACUCUACCACUGCUCUAGUAGUAGGAAUAACUGUUGCCCUACCUGAGCUGUACAAAGACAAACCAGAUGUGCUUUUCUACCGGGUUUUAGCAGGCUGGUAUAUAUUUGCCAUGCUUGUAGUCAAUCAUAUUUGCAUCAUUCGUAGUUACAAGAGGUCUGUGGUGAACUCAUCAACAUGCACAGCUCUUUUAAACCAGACUGAAACAAGUGCAGAGGAGAAACGUUGGAAACAAUGCUUCACAUGUAACCAGCUAGUCCCACCACGAGCCAAACACUGCCCACUCUGUGACCGAUGUGUUCUCAAAAGGGAUCAUCACUGCUUCUUUGCCGGAUGCUGUAUUGGCUUCCACAACCAGCGUUACUUUAUUGUGUUCUGUUUGUAUGGAACCCUUGGUGCUCUCUACAGUUUGUGCAUUGCCAUUGGGUACCUUGAAGUUCACUAUGCCAAGCUAUCAUCCCAGGAAUUUUACAAUUAUUUGUUACCAUGGUUGUUAUGGAGAUGGUUUAUUAGUGAUAUUACCAUAGCAACCGUAUCUAUGGUUGUUUACAGCUACUGCUGUGUUGCAACCAUGGCAGCAUGUGCACAUUACUUUCUGUGGCAGUGCAUGCUCUUGUACACCGGUCAGAGUUCAUAUGAAUAUGUGAAAGGUAUCAAGCUUUAUAAAAGGCCGCUCUUUGAAAACAUAUCAUCAGUAUUUGGACCCAUGUGGUUGCUGAAUUUCAUUUUUCCAAUGCCUUUCCGUAACUCUGGAAAUGGAAUAGAAUGGUAUGUAAAUUUAGAUAUGAAAGAGAGGUAAUUAUUAUAUGUUUCCACCUUCGUCAUGAUGUUUGACCUAAUUGAUACAAGGUUGUUUGUGAUCACAUUUCCAUGGUUGAAGUAAUAACAGUGUGUUAUAAAUUAGGGUGAGUGAGCCAGUGAGUUAGUUUUUUAUGCCGCUUUUAGCAAUAUUCCAUCAAUAUCAUGGCGGGGGACACCAGAAAUGGGCUUCAGACAUUGUACCCAUGUGGAUAUUCAAACCUGGGCCUUCAGCAUGAUGAGUGAAGGCUUUAAGCACUCGCAUACUCUAGAAAUAAGGUGGGGAUGAAGGGUAUCUUGAAGUGUACUGUAGGAACACAUGGAUCUUCAGACUCCUUAAGCAUGCUUAACUUCAGGGUUAGGGUUAUAAAGGACACUAUAUUUACAUGCAAAAUUUCGAGCAUUGUUAAAGCUUAAAGUAUGAUUGUCAUUGAUUCAUUUUAGCUCUUGUACUUACAGGCUUUGUCAACCAGUUAUCCAUUUCGGACACAAAACACAACAUAAACAUACUCUCUUUGAGUGACAUUUUUAGAAGUUGGAGUGUCAGAUAAGGACAAACGUUAUGGAUAAACAGCUUUUUUAUUCUGGUGGUGCAAGGUUUUGAUACAGAUUCUGAUUCUUGUAUCAUUGUCAAGCAGGUGGUGUGACGUUUUGAUACAGAAACAGGUAUCGGUUUCGAGCAGGUAUACUAGAAUCUUUAUUGAAAUGCGCACCACCUGAAUAAAGAAGUUGUUCAUCCAUAAGUUGGUCCUUAUACAACAUAAACAUGAUAAAUAUAACUGAUUCUUUGGGAAAAAUGUAGUGCAAUUCACUCACCUAUUUAGUUCGUUUAAUAUGUGUAACAGUAACUCUUUGUGUGUCGUAAUAUGUUUAAAAAGCAUCAUGCUGAAAGAUGUAAAAAGAUUGUACUUGCUGUGACCCUGUCUGACACUUAGCACUUGUUAAAACAAGUGCUGGUCGCCUUGAAGUCAGUAUGCUGAGCAGGGUAUCUUAGUGGGAUAUCUUAGUGAUUUUAGUUCAAACCAGUACAAGCAGUUACACACAUGCAUGAAACCAAGCACCUUGAGUAACUUCAUUUUUGGUGAGUUAGCUCCCUUUGGCCAUUUGUUUGUUAUCUUAUUUUCUGUUUUCAGGUUUGUUCUCUACAUUUCUUACUGAACACCUGACAUCAAUCAUGACUGAACACCCCAAACUUUUGCCAUAGCCAUUGUCUCAUAGGUACCGGUAGUUGUCUCACUUUGUUUGAAGACAUGCAUGUCGUACAGGGACAUAUACAUAUGGCGUAUAUGUAACUGGGCAUGACACAAUGGAGAAUUGUAUUUAUUUGGUAUCAUACAGAUUGUUUUCCUGCUUUAAUUUUGUCUAUUAUUUAUGAACAUUAAAUAUAUAUAUUAACAAUAUUAACCAUGUUUAUUGAUAUAUCAAAGUUUUCCUUUGAAAGGAUUUCACAAUAUUGUGCUAAUAACACUAUGUGUGUGUAACUUGUUCAAGUUGUCUGGUGCGUUGCACAAUCAUAAUAUGCACAGUUGUCUGUUGCAUGUGAUUAUCAUAAUUUGUGUGAAUGCUAGUGAACACAUACAAUAAUACCCAUUCACCAGUCAAGUUAAAACUAGUUCUGAGCCGAGCCGAAAUAUGAUGGCUUGCAUUGAUGGAAUUAGUCCCUGAUUAUUGCUGCUAACCUCAUUUCCUCUGAGGCCCACUCACUUCUGCCAGCAAUGAUGGAGUGCCUGGUUCCCUACGGAGUGGAAGACUGCCACUUGGUGG